AUGAGCGGCGGAGGCCAGAAGCACGAAGAUGGGGGCAGCAAGUACGUUACCACUAGCGGUGGGAAGAACAACCCGAAGCAGAUUCACAUUGCACACCGGAAGUCUCCGUCAGAGCUGACAAAUCUGAUGAUCGAGCAGUUCACACUGCAGAGGCAACUGGAGCUCGUGCAGGUGCAGCAGCAGCAGCUGCUGGCGCAGCAGCAGCAGCUGGCGCAGCAGGCGGGCCAGUACCUGAACGCGGGCGGGCUGGGAAACGCGGGGGGCGGCGCGACGCUGCCGUUUCUGCCGCAGCCCCCGCAGCCGCAGUACAACAGCUCGCCGAGCGGCGGGAACAAGAGCCGGUCGCACUCGCGGAACAACUCGGGGUACUACAAUAGCGGGGAUUUCGGGGGCGGCGCGCACCGGCGGACGGGGUCGCAGUCGAGCGUGUACGGCCACGCGCGGCGGCACUCGCUGGGGCUGAACGAGGCGAAGAAGGCGGCGGCGGAGGAGCAGGCGAAGCGGGCGGGGAACGGAGCGGGCAACAUUUCGAUCAAGAUAGAUGUCCCAUCAGAAGUUGACCCUGCGUCGCCUGGCGUGACGGAAAGCAUUUCUUCGUUCAAGUUUCCCCCCACACCACUCGAAAACACGAAGGGCCACCGCCGCGUAAACUCCAACAUGUCGCCGAACCGCGCGUUCCAGUUCCCGGCGCGGCCGUCGAACAAGGAGAACCAGGACGACUUUGUGCAGGUUGGGAAUUCGCACCGCCGGACGAAUUCGCGGGGCCACGACCUCUCGGGGAUCAACUCGAACUGGCGGGCGCAGCAGGGCCAGCAGCAGCAGCCCGCGCCGUUCCACAAGCAGACUUUCUCGAACCAGGGCUUUGGCGCGCUGGAGCCGCCGCCGGUGUUCCAGCCAGGGCAUCGUUCGCGCGGCUCCAACGCGUCCGCGCACAGCUUUUCCUCCAACUCCGGGGGCAACAACUCGAACGGGCGAAAGUCGCUGUUUGCGCCCUACUUGCCGCAGGCCAACAUACCGCAGCUCAUUGAAGAGGGCAGGUUGGUGGCCGGCGUGCUGCGCGUCAACAAAAAGAACCGCUCCGAUGCGUGGGUGUCGACAGACGGGGUUCUGGACGCUGAUAUAUUCAUCUGCGGGUCCAAGGAUCGGAACAGAGCCUUGGAGGGCGACCUUGUUGCGGUCGAGCUGUUGAUGGUGGACGACGUGUGGGAAUCCAAGAAGGAGAAGGAGGAGAAGAAGCGUAGAAAGGAUGCCUCCACGCAGCAUGACUUAAUCCUAGAGUCGAAAGACGACUAUCACAACGACGCAUCUUCUAGCAUCGUCACAGCGAGCGCUUCCUCGACUGCAUCGCAAGGCACGUCAGCGUCUUCGGACAAGAAUGAAGACGGCAGCAACAGUGGCUCCGGCUCCAUUAAAAGGAGGGGUUCCUUGAAGCAGCGUCCGACUCAGAAGAAGAACGACGAUGUGGAAGUCGAGGGGCAGUCUCUGUUGUUGGUCGAAGAGGAGGAGAUCAAUGACGAAUACAGACCCUUAUAUGCGGGACACGUUGUUGCGGUCUUGGACCGUAUUCCGGGCCAGCUAUUUAGCGGUACCCUUGGUCUGUUGAGACCAUCUCAGCAGGCGAACAACUCUGAUAAGCCACAGAAGCCGAAGAUUGUUUGGUUUAAACCAACCGACAAGAAGGUCCCACUAAUUGCUAUUCCAAUCGAACAGGCGCCCAAGGAUUUUGUUGAAAACGCAGACAAGUAUUUGGACAAGAUGUUUGUAGCAUCGAUCAAGCGGUGGCCGAUCACCUCUUUGCAUCCCUUCGGUACCCUUGUGUCCCAGCUUGGCGAGAUCAAUGAUCCUUCUUCCGAAAUUGAUGCCAUAUUAAGAGAUAACAACUUUUUAUUGGACGAAUAUCUUGAUCCCCACGAUCGUACUAGAGAGAGAGACACGUUCAAGCCAGUGGAGGUACCCCUCAGCGAAUUGGCACAGCGCAAAUUUUACGAUGGCGCGAUAGCCAUUUCGGAGAACGGCAUUCUCUCAGACCUCGCCAUUCAUGUCUCUCACUUACCCAACGGAAGCAUUGAAUUAGGUUGUCAUGUUGUUGACGCCACUGCACACAUUGAGGAAGGGUCCUCUUUGGAUAGAAGAGCAAGGAAGAGGUCCUCUGCUGUAUUCAUGCCCCAGAAGACAUUGUAUCUACUGCCAGAGGCAUUGAACAAAUUCCUCACUUUAGAACCUGGGAAGAGGACCUGCACCAUUUCGGUUGUCUACACCUUAGCACCGGAAACCCUCGCGGUUACCUCAUGCUGGGUCGGCGAAACGAGUGUUUCUCCAAAGGCGGUACUGACAUUUGAUGAAAUAAGUGACGUUCUGGGUAAAGGCACCGGACAUGAGAAUACUUUUGUGGAGACCGUCAGCGCAGUGGCCGCGUCUUUCUACCGCGAGCGUCUUGGAAUGAAAAACAGUGUUCCUAAUCUUCUAAAAACCAAGUUGGCCCUGUUGGAUUCGCUAGAUGACGAGAAGGUCAAGGUGGAUAUUAAUAUACUGGAUAAGUCGCCUGCUGCCUAUGUUAUUGGGGAAAUUGAGCAUAAGGUAAACAGCACUAUUGCAGAAAGAACAUAUGUUAAGUUGGGCUCGUCUGCAUUCCUACGGAGGCAGCCGCAGCCAAUUUCAACCAAGUUGCAGCUCUUCAAGAAAAAGAUCCAGAAGUUUGGGUUUGAGAUUGAUAUUACCACGCCUGAGUCGCUAUUAAGCUCGAUCCUUGCCAUCGAAGACCCAACCGUCCGCCUAGGGGUUGAAUUGCUACUCUUUAAAACUGUGAACCGUGCGAGGUACUUUGUAGCAGGGAAGGUGGAACCAGACCAGUAUGGGCACUUUUCUCUAAAUCUGCAUCUAUACACCCACUUCACCUCUCCUCUACGGCGUUAUGCAGACCAUGUGGUUCAUAGACAGCUGAAAUCAAUACUCCGGGGUACGGAGUAUAGACAAGAUGUUGACUCCUUGAAAAUCACUUCGGAGUACUGUAACUUCAAAAAGGACUGUGCAAGCCAUGCCCAGGAACAAGCGGUGCACCUAUUGCUAUGCAAGUCGAUCAAUGAUAUGGGUAAUGCUACAGGCCAGCUUCUAACAAUGGCAACAGUGUUGCAGGUCUACGAGUCUUCGUUUGAUGUGUUUAUUCCCGAGCUGGGCAUUGAAAAGAGAGUUCACGGCGACCAACUGCCAUUGAUUAAGGCAGAAUAUGAUAGCAGCAACCGGGUAUUGGACCUCUACUGGCAAAAGGGCGUUGAUAGUGCAACGUUCGUUCCUGUGGACGAAAAAAAUCCAAACUCUUACAGAAACUCUAUUAGAAAUAAGUUCAGUUCUAGCAGUAAAGAAAUUGCUUCGGUGCAAUUGAGUGCAAGAGACUCCCAUGAGCGCCUCAUCAAGAGCGAUGAUCUGGCCACCGAAUUUGACAAGCUGCACAUUAAGCCUCCACAAUUGUAUAUCCCUGCAGCGGAAGCUACUGCGGAUCCUUUGGCUGCAUAUUUGAACGAUGUGAUCACCAGAGUAGAGGGUGACAACUACAUCCAGGAAAUACAUGAGCUAAAGAAAGUUCCAAUUUUGUUGAGAGCUGAAAUUGGCAUGGCUUUGCCGUGCUUGACUGUGCGUGCAUUAAACCCCUUCACGAGUCGGGACUAA